AUGCCUUACCCUCGUCUCUCGUCCCAUUCUUUCCGCAUUCUUCCCCCUCUCCCCCCAUCUCCCCAUCAGGAGACAGCAGCAUGUGUGGCGGUUCUGGCGGCGCGAAAUGCCGCAUCUCCCAGACCCGACGCAUAUCCCACCCGCGCACUCGUCCCUUUCCCCCGUUCCCCCCAACCCCCUCAGAAGACAGGAGCAUGUGCGGCAUUGCUGGCGGCGCUAAGGGGCUUCCCCUCGUCGCUGGAGACAGCAGCAUGUGUGGCGCUACUGGCGGCGCUGAGGGGUUUCCCAUCGUCACUGGUGAGGAUCCGCCUGGAGACAGCAGCAUGUGUGGCGGUUCUGGCGGCGCUGAGGGCCCUCGUCGCUCGUGGCGAACAAAAGGGGCGUGCGGAGGACGCUUUUGAGUCGACUCAAAAGUUUUCCCCCCAUCCCCUUUCUCAGGAGACAGCAGCAUGUGUGGCGGUGCUGAGGGGCUUCCCCUCGUCGCUGGUGAGGAUCCGCCUGGAGAGUGAGAGGGGCGUGUGGCGGGCACGUGCCAGCCUCGUGGCAGAGGCGCCUGAUGCUCUGCCCUACAACAUACAGCUAUUCUGCUGCCUUUAA